CCAAACCGAACACGAGGGAACUUCUCUUAUUUUAAAAUGCGAAGAAUCUUUUCAUGAAAGAUGACAGCGAUGGGUUAGGAAAGAUCUAACAUGAUUGCAAAAUAAAAGGCAAGGGCUAAUUUUGCACAUCUGUAUUUCUGGUCGAUGGACAGAGAAGCAAUUGUGCCUAACGAUGUCCGCACCACUCGGCCCCCGAGGCGAGUCGGUCGCUCCUCCUGCGGCCGCUGUUCUACCGGAGAUGCCGGACUUGAGUCACCUUACCGAGGAGGAGAGAAAGAUCAUCCUCGAUGUUAUGGACAGACAACGGAAAGAAGAUGAGAAGGAACAGUCGAUGCUAAAGGUUAAAGAGGAACCAAAGUCUCAAUCACCACAGUGGUUCAAAGGUCCCUUUAGCGGGAUCACCGAGCUGGUUAAUAAUGUUCUUCAGCCACAGACAAAGCCUCAAAAUGAGCCCCAAACUGAACUUCCGAAGGAGCCGGAAACGAAGCUGCACCAGCAGUUCGAGUUGUAUAAGGACCAGGUGAAGAGGAUGGGGGAGGAGGUCCAGUCUGCCCCGGAGCAGAAGGCUGACGUUCCCACCUGCGGCAUCUGCCACAAGACCAAGUUCGCCGACGGCUGUGGCCAUCCGUGCUCAUACUGCCAGACCAAGUUCUGCGCUCGUUGUGGGGGACGGGUGUCCCUCCGCUCCAACAAGGUAAUGUGGGUAUGCAACUUGUGCCGAAAACAACAAGAAAUCCUCACCAAGUCGGGGGCGUGGUUCUAUGGGGGGCCAGGAGCCACGGGCCUGAGUGACGUCCGAGGGUUCACGUUCAGGCGCAACGAGGAGGCUCCUCAGGAGAAGAAAGCCAAACUGCAGGAGGCUCCGCUUCUCUAUCAGGGGCCUCCCGGGGACCGGAGCAGGGGCCCCGAGCUCACACGCCAGCACUCCCCUGACAACACCUCUGGACUGAAGCCUGGCUAUAAAACUGCUGACAGGAAAAGAAGCCCAUCAGCGAGUAGGGAUGGCAGCCAAGCGUACGACCAGAGGGAGCCGAGGCCCGAACCCUCGCACUAUGCCCCAGGUGUGGGGGGCAUGCCCCGCUCACCAAGCGACUACGGGCCCGGGGAGAGGCAGCGGCAGGGCGGCUAUGAGCGGCCGGCCAGGGACGUGGAGGCAGCGCGGGGGGCAUACCGUGCCCGGCGGGGAGGCUGGCACUCCCAGGAGGAGGGUCCGCCCGAGCCGGGCUUCAUGCCUGACGGGCCGAUGCUGAGCGAGCACGACGCCCAGCGGCAGCGCCAGGAGGAAUCGUACGAGGCGCGUUACCGCAGCGACCCCAACCUCGCCCGCUACCCGGUCAAACCACAGCCAUACGAGGAGCAGAUGCGCAUGCACGCCGAGGUAUCACGCUUCCGACACGAGCGUCGCCACAGCGACGUGUCACUGGCGUGUGCUGAGGCGGAGGGCCUGGCGGGUCCACCCAUGGCCCGCCUCCUGCCUGGGCUGGGCCACGCC